GCCGUUGCGUUCAGCGCCCCGGCAGGAGCAGGGCGGGAUUUUUCCAGCCAUGACGUCCCAACUUUUCCAGCCACCCUGUCACUCCGACAUCAUGGCGUAGGGACGUGGACGGACGGAGCGGGGUAGUACUGGCUGACACGGAAAAGUUCACAAACCCGACACGGUGGGGUUAUUUACAACAAAAGAAGAAUCAAACAGUGAACGCGUCCUCGAGCGGAGUAACGCUAUAUCAGUAACUGAAGAUGAUGUCUGAUGCCAGUGACAUGUUGGCAGCUGCCCUGGAGCAGAUGGAUGGCAUCAUAGCAGGUUCCAAGGCGUUGGACUACUCCAAUGGUUUGUAUGACUGCCAGUCACCCACAUCCCCUUUUAUGGGCAGCCUUCGGGCACUUCACCUCUUGGACGAUCUAAGAAGUGUGCUGGAAGUGAUGGACACAGAGGAAAGGGAGAGUCUUCGCUGCCAGAUCCCUGACUCCACAGCAGACAGUCUGAUCGAGUGGCUUCAUGGACACCUGUCCAAUGGUCACAUCUCUCUAGGAGGGAGUGACCACUACCAGGAAAGGCUUACCAGACUAGAAGGCGAUAAAGAGUCUCUGGUGCUUCAGGUCAGUGUGUUGACGGAUCAGGUAGAAGCUCAAGGAGAGAAGAUUCGGGACCUGGACUUGUGUUUGGAUGAGCACAGGGAGAAACUCAACACAACUGAGGAGAUGCUGCAACAGGAGCUUCUGUGCAGAUCAGCAGUGGAGACACAGAAACGAGAGCUGAUGUCUGAAGUGUCCAACCUAAAACUGAAGAUAAACACCAUGGAGAAGGAGAGAUUUGACUUUAAUGAAAGGUUUAGGGAUAGUGAGGAUUUGAUCCUUGAAAUAAACAAUCUGCGGUAUAGAUUGACGGACCUGGAGAGUGAAAAACUGCAAUACGAAAAGAAGCUUAAAUCAACAAAGGAGGAUCUAACCAUGCUGAGGCGACAGCUUGAGGGCAAAGAUGAAGACAUGAGGAGAUUACAGGAUGAGACAGGCUUCAAAGCCAGCACCUUGAGCAGUUCAGACCCAUUAGAAAGAGUCUCUCAUCCAGAUGAAACUCUUAGAAAGAGGCUGAAAGAAAAACAUGUGGAAGUGCAGAGAAUGAAAAAGGCAGUGGAAUCGUUGAUGGCAGCUAAUGAAGAGAAGGAUCGUAAGAUUGAGGAACUAAAGCAGUCACUUCUACGGUAUAAGAAAGUUCAGGACAUGGUGAUGUCAGUUCAGGGGAAGAAGGAAAAAACAAAUGAUAAUGAGUUUGUUGAGAGUCCUGGUGAUGGAUCUAUCCCAUUUUUGUCAUUCAACGCUGCGUCUACAGAAUCAGAAAAGCUUCAACUUACAGAUGUUGAGCAACUGAAAAGGAGGAGCCCAGAUGAGCUGGAGAUCCUCAGUAGAUUGACUGAAGACCCAUCACCCACACCAAGCCCUUCAGACCCAGAGAGAGUGUCAGAGUCCACACCAACAGAUGUGGAAAGUGGCCAGGAUACCACAAAGACUAGCAGCCAGGACAACCUGGAUAGAAGCAAUAAUGAGAAGAACACUAGUGAAAGACUUGGUAAGAUGAGUGAAAAGCCACCCAUUGGUCCCUCUGCCACCUUGCCUCCAAGCACAGCAGACGACAGCUUUGGCACCAGAAAGGCUCGCUCGUCUUUUGGAAAGGGUUUCUUCAAGGUCCGUGGAGGCAAGAAGACAACCAGCGCGCCUAACCUUGACCGCAGCCGAAGUGCAAGUGCGCCUAUGCUAGCUGAAACAGAACGACAGGGCACUGACCAUCUAGAUCUGGCUGGAAUGCCCCAGAGGUCAGUUAACAGUGAUAGCACCCACACGCUCCCUACAACCCCAGAGAGCAGGAAAAAGACCAAAGGAAUUAAAAAGCUCUUUGGAAAGCUAAAAAGAAGUCAGUCUACCACAUUCAACCUGGACGACAACUUACCAGAAGGGGAGUUCAAGAGGGGUGGAGUGCGAGCCACAGCAGGACCAAGACUGGGUUGGUCUCGUGACCUCCAGCGAGUCAACAAUGAUGUUGAUGCUCCCUUUGCACGCUGGUCGAAGGAUCAGGUGUGUGACUGGCUGCAGGAGCAGGGUCUCGGUCUUUAUGUGAACAUGGCUCGUGUAUGGAUCUCCUCUGGACAAACGCUGCUACAGGCCUCACAACAGGACCUGGAGAGAGAACUGGGCAUCAAACACCCGCUGCACAGGAAGAAGUUGCAGCUGGCACUGCAGGCCCUCGGCUCAGAAGAGGAGGAUAAUAAGGGAAAGCUGGACUACAACUGGGUGACAAGAUGGCUGGAUGACAUUGGUCUGCCUCAGUAUAAGACCCAGUUUGAUGAAGGAAGGGUGGAUGGUCGCAUGUUGCACUACAUGACAGUGGAUGACCUGCUUUCUUUGAAGGUGGGAAGUGUCCUGCACCACCUCAGUAUCAAGAGAGCUAUACAAGUGCUGCGACUCAACAACUACGAGCCCAACUGUUUGCGCCGUAGGCCAUCUGAUGAGAACAACAUUUCUCCAGCGGAGAUUUCCCAGUGGACAAACCACAGGGUGAUGGAGUGGCUCCGGUCGGUGGACCUUGCAGAAUAUGCUCCAAAUCUGCGAGGCAGCGGUGUGCAUGGAGGUCUAAUGGUUCUGGAGCCACGAUUUAAUGUAGAGACCAUGGCUUUGCUGCUGAACAUCCCCCCAAACAAGACUCUACUGCGUCGGCAUCUGGCCACACAUUUCAACCUGCUCAUUGGUUCAGAGGCCCAGCAGCUCAAACAGGAGUGUCUUGAAAACCCAGACUACACUGUUCUUACUGCCACCACCAAGGUUAAGCCAAAGAAACUGUCAUUUGGUAACUUUGGCAGUCUGAGAAAGAAAAAGCAGGACGAGAAUGAGGAGUAUGUCUGUCCAAUGGAUGUUGAGAUGCCAAAGGGGAGAAGCUUCCAGAAAGGCUUUGAGCUUCAAAUUUAUGAGGACGACCUUGACAGGCUAGAACAGAUGGAGGACUCGGAGGGAACUGUGAGACAGAUCGGCGCUUUCUCAGAGGGAAUUCAGAACCUCACCAGUAUGCUGAAAGACGAUGAAUUCUUCAAAGAGAUUUCAAAUUCACCAAACGCCAGUGUAACAGAUGAGGACUCCAACGCAUGAGGCUGACAUCUGCAACAGACCUGGUCCUGUUUUGACUGAAACUCUGUGCCAGCCCACUUCACUCAUACACAGACUUGUCACAACAAACCCUAAGAAUGCUCCCACCUACUUUUUUCAGAGUUGAGCUGGAAGUUUCCUGACCUUUUAGUCAGUCUUAAUAAAGCUGGUCCAAUAGCUCCUGAACUUUGUCUCACUUACUGUCAUAUGACAGAGGGAAGAUUUUGAGUAAUGCCACUGCUUUCCUGCCAGCUGGUUUCUGGAGAUAUUUUGCACUCAGUGAUGUACUUUCUUUUUAUUGGGGAAGUGUGAACCAACAGAGAAACGACACCUCAAAUAUGCCAAUAUACUGUAAAUUUAAUAUAUGCCAUUUCAAACUUGUGUUGUGACUGUAGACAGUAUGUGUGGUGGGGGGUCUUCACACAAAUAAUAUCCUUAGUACAUUUUAGAAUAGGAUUUAGUGUAAAAGUCCUCUAGCAAUACGGCUGCUAUGUUUUCUACAGAAGUUUCCUGCUAAUUAAAAAAUAAUGUUUUAUAUUUUGUCAUACUGUGCAGGUUUUAAUGGUUUUCAGUUAACAUAAUACUCAAGUGCAUGCAUUUCCACCCUUACAUAUCAAACAAUAAAAAUACCUAAUAUCACUGCAUGAUAUUAAAAUCCAACCCUCCCAUUUAGAAGUUUGCCGUUGUGAACCAGACGUCAAUGUUAAUAGAAUCCUCUCUUCACUGAAAGGUGCUGUGGUAUGUUGAUAUAUGAUGUCUCAGAAUAAUAAUGUUGUAAUGCUGCCCUCACACAAGUGUUUAUCCAGUUACUAAGAACAAUAAAGUUAUUUAAAUUUG